AUGAAACCGGUAGGCGGCGAGUACGGCGCAACAAACGUUGGCCAGUUUAGUACCAAAACUGUAGCCAGUGAUCUGAGCAGCGAAACUGGAGCCAGAUCAACCGUAAUCGGUUUCAUCGCCCAGUUUACAUGCGGGUCUAGGGUGCACGGAACUUUGAUUACGCACCGACAACAGCAUCACCGGUACACGGUUGACGAACUGCUUGAGGGUCACUUUUCUAAAAGCAUCUCCGGUGACAUCGACAUGGAUCCCUGCAAAUCGAGCGGAUUUAUGGGAGACAUCGCCAUGCCGAACGUAAAUUACGAAACGGAAUGGCAGCGGCAGCGGCUGAACAAGAGCUUCGAGCAGGACAUUGUGAAGCUGAAGCAGGAGGUGUACCUCGAAGGGCUGCAGGUGGAAGAGGAAGGCAUGACCGACAUGAUCCGCAAGAAGACGAAGCAGCGCGCCUCGACGCCUUUGGCCGGCAUGCCGACGGGCUCCGGUCCGCGCCCAUCGCCGGCGUCGUACGAGAGUGAAAACUCCAUCACGGACACUUCCGGAGAGCCGACGGUGCGGGCCACCAUCAUCGACAAUCGGGACAACAUCAUCACCCAGCCUCGGACGGGCCCUCAGGACGAGAAGCCAGAAACGGGCGGUGGGCUAGUCGGGUCCGAGAAGCCGGACAAAAAGAACGCCACGGCCACAGUGCGAAACAUUGACCAUAAUCGGAUCCAGUCCGACACCAAAGACAUCGUUAUCGAUUCGAUCAGCGACAAUAUCAUCAGCAACAGUCACGCCAGUAGGAAAGUAGUCACUUUUGCCUUACCACCGGCUGGGACCACGACGCCACCGAACGGAGAGCGUCCCGGGCACCGCUCGCAGGCAUUCGGCGGAGCAGAACUGGGCCACCAUCAGCACCAGAGGUUGCCGAAUGGUGACGGCGGAGCAGAACAGUCCGGGUUGGAACGCAAACGGCACGGUUCACACGAUGCAGGGCAGGAUAAGCCGACUGGCGACGAUGACGGUCAGCUGUUGAAUCCUGCCGCGGGCAAUCCGGCGAACGACAAAGCGGCCCGCCGUCGUAACCGCCGCCGACGCCGGCAGCAACAACGCCAUCUACCGAGCACACCGAGUGGGAUUAGCCUACCGAUGGCCACCACCACGAGCGCGACGGAAGAUAAAAACUCGUACCACGCCCGGCUGGAGCGGCUGCGGGCUGAACUGGGCACUGUGAGCUACUCGGUACGGGACCACAGCCUUGGAGGUCCCGGCCAUCAUCACCACCGUGACCGCGAGCCCGUCGAAACGGAGCCAAAGAAGAAGCGUCGAACGUCGUCGUCGUCAGGCGGCGGAAAGCGGAAGCACCACCGUCAGAACAUCGUUGCCCAUCAACGUACGACCGACAGGACUCCGGGUCCUGAGCCCGGUCUGUUCCGGCAGGCGAUGCGCCACUGGGAGAACUACACCUGCAUCAAGUUCGUCGAGCGCAAUCCUAUCGACCAUCCGAACUACAUCGUGUUUACCGAGCGGGCGUGCGGUUGUUGCUCGUUUGUUGGUAAACGGGGCAAUGGACCCCAGGCGAUUUCGAUUGGGAAGAACUGCGAUAAGUUCGGUAUCGUGGUGCACGAGUUGGGUCACGUGGUGGGCUUCUGGCACGAGCACACACGGCCAGACCGGGAAAAUCACGUCGUGAUCGAGAAAAACAACAUUGUGGUCGGUCAGGAGUACAACUUCAACAAGCUGACGGAGGACGAGGUGAAUUCGCUCGGUCUUCCGUACGACUACGAUUCGAUCAUGCACUACGCCCGGAAUACGUUCUCCAAGGGCACCUAUCUGGACACCAUUUUCCCGAUAGAGAUGCCGAGCCGCAAGAGACCAGAAAUUGGGCAACGGUUGCGGCUCAGUGAAGGUGACAUUGCCCAGGCCAACUUGCUGUACAAGUGUGCCAAGUGUGGUCGUACCUUCCAGGACAACUCGGCAUCUUUCACGUCGCCGAGCUAUCACUCCAACCAACCUCCACCCGAACCUGAACGCUGCGAGUGGCGUAUCACGGCAACGCAUGGCGAACGGAUAUUGCUCAACAUAACCGAUCUGGACAUUUACAAAUCGAACAGCUGCCGCUCCGACUACCUAGAGAUCCGGGAUGGAUACUGGCACAAGUCGCCGAUUCUGGGCAAGUUCUGUGGUUCCGGCAAGGUAAACGAGCUGAUUCGCUCGACCGGAAGUCGCAUGCUGCUGACGUACACCACCACUUACCGGCAGGCCUCGAUGCGUGGCUUUGCCGCCAGCUAUGAAGCAAUUUGUGGUGGCGAAAUGAAUCUCGAGUCCGGCGGCCGGCUAGAGUCGCCCAACUACCCUGUCGACUAUCUGCCCAACAAGGAGUGCAUCUGGCGGAUAACCGUCCCGAAGGACUACCAAGUGGCCUUGAAGUUUCAAUCGUUUGAAGUGGAGAAUCACGAUAACUGUAUCUAUGACUACGUCGAGGUACGGGAUGGUGGCGCUCCCGACUCGCGGUUGAUCGGUGUCUUCUGCGGUUACAAGAUUCCACCCGAUAUGAAGUCAUCGUCUAACAAGCUGUUUGUCAAGUUCGUCUCGGACGGGUCGGUGCAGAAGGCAGGAUUCUCGGCCACUUUCAUGAAGGAGGUAGACGAGUGCGAGCACAUGGACCAUGGCUGCGAACACGAGUGCAUCAACACGCUCGGAGGCUAUGAAUGUGCCUGCUACAUCGGCUACGAGCUGCACAGCGAUAAGAAGUCGUGCGAAAAUGCCUGUGGUGGAAUAUUGGAUACACCGAACGGUACGAUACAGUCACCGUCAUUUCCGGAACAAUAUCCAACUAUUAAAGAGUGCGUUUGGGAAAUCGUGGCCCUCCCGCAGCACAAAAUUACCCUUAACUUUACCCAUUUCGACCUGGAAGGCAACACGUUCUACCAGGCGUCCGAAUGCGAGUACGACUACGUGGCAGUGUUGUCCAAAAGUCCGGACGGUAGCCUACACAAGCACGGUUCGUUUUGCGGCUCGAGUGUUCCGCCGGCCGUCACGUCCGAGUGGAACGUUCUGCGGGUGGUGUUCCGGUCCGACAAGACGAUCCAGAAGACGGGCUUCGCGGCCGUCUACUUUACCGACAUCGACGAGUGUGCGGUCAACAAUGGAGGGUGUCAGCAGGAGUGUAAAAACACCAUCGGUUCCUAUCUGUGCUCGUGCCGGAAUGGUUACACGCUGCACGACAAUGGACACGACUGCAAGGAGAGUGGCUGUAAGCACGAGAUCUUUACUCCGAACGGUCAGAUACUGAGCCCAAAUUAUCCGGAUUACUAUCCACCCAAGAAGGACUGUAUCUGGCACUUUACC